ACUGCAGCACGUUGGACACCGGUUAGUAAUCUAAAGUGAAUAGGUGCGACAUCCGUGGCUGAUUUGUUGUUUUAGACUCAUAAAUAUAGUACGAAGUUAUAAUUAAUCAACUGCGUCGAAAUCUGUUUGAAAUAAUUAUCGUAAUCGUUGAACGAAAUGGCACCCCGUAAACCUGUAAAGCAUUCCGAUUCGGAGGUUGUAGACAGAGCCGCGGAAGCCGGCGAUGUAUCGCCGCCGAAAAGAAAGAAAACCGUCUCAAAGGUUACGACUAAAAACAACGAGGAAAAACAAAUUAGAUUACCAAGAGCUGCAAAAUCGGCUAAAACCGAGCAAACUGAAGUCCCAGACACGACUUCCGUCGCGACUAAGAACGCAAAAGCAAAGAAUAAGAUAUUGCAACCACCUAAAAAUGCGUCGACCGCUAUAAAAACAAAUACGAAAAUCAAAUCUACAGCAGCGAAGAAAAAUAAAGAAACCGAGGAGAAAAUCAACUUAACUUUGACAAAUAUAGAAACUGCGACGAUUGUUGAAGAAACAGAAACGAAAAGGACACGUACAAAAGCUACAACAAAAAAGGCGGGAACGGAUGUGGACGAAGAGCCUAAGGCAAAAGCAAAAGGAAGACCGAAAAAAGGAGCAGCUACUGAGAGUGUAGAAAGCCUAGAAGCACCAGCUGCAAAAAAGAAAAGGUUAGCAAAUGUUGAUACAGGUCCAAAAGAAAGCAAAGCAAAAGCGACAAAAAAAAAAGCUAACGCGGAUGUUGAUGUAAAGAACAAAGUUUCCAUUAAUAAAAGUAAAGCCACUACUACUAUUGCCAGAAAAACAAGAGGCCGUAAAAAUGGAGCUACUGUAGAAGAUACAUCGAAAGAUGACGAUGAAUCAAAAGUAACAGAGGAAUCAUCUUCGGAAGCAAUAAAUACUAGCGAUAAUGAAAAUCAAGAGGAGAAUGAUCAGUCAGAAGCAACAGAAUUGGUUCAACCACAGAAGAAAGGAAGAAAUCUGAAAAAGAAAGAGGAAGCUGCUCCUCAAAAGAGAGCUACCAAAACUCGAGGUAAAGGUGGUAAUCGUAAUGCUGCUUUGAACGAAGAUGGCGAUGCUGCCUUAAAUGAAGAGGAUAGCGAUACAGUAAAAGCAGUUAAGGACACACAAAAGAAAACAAAUAAGGAAAAUGUAUCAACAACAGCUGCCAAAAGAGGACGAGGAAAGAAAGGAGCUGGUACAACUAUAGUAAAUAAUGAAAAUGGGGAAAAGGUUUCAGAGAAUUCCGCUGCAGAGGAGAAUGCAUUAAAUUCAGCUGAAAUUCUAACAAGCAAUAACAAUGUACAAAAGUCAUUGGAAGAUGAUGAUGACAAAGAACAAGGUGCUGAAGUAGAACAAAACAAAAUAAAUGAGACCAUCACAAUUAAAAACGAAGUAAAUCAAGAUGAUUUGAGCACAACGGUACACGAAGAAGAAAAUUAACGGUGAAUGUUCUGCUUUUAUUUAAUCUGUUUUUUGAAAGAAAAAUAUAUCAUUAAUAUUUUAAUAUAUUUGAUAAAGAUAAAAAUAUCUACGAGUAUUUCCAAGUUUAGAAAUAUUCAUCAACACACCUGUUGUAAAAUUUUAUCAAUACACUUUGGUUUCUUAUUGUUUCAAAAAUAUUUAUUUGUAUUUUCCAUAAAGUACUUUGCAGAAUAUAGGUUUGAACAUCCACUUCUUAACAUAAGGACUUAUAGUUGAGAAAAAGUUAUCAUAAAUUACAAAUGUAAGCACUUAUUUAGUGAUAUAAUGUAUUUAAAGUAGUUUACUUAUCUUGAGUUUCAGGGAAAAGAAUAUGACUAGUAUAGGCUGAACAACAUUGAACAUUCCAUCAGUCUUCACGAGUUUCAAUCAUUUUUAACGCUAGAAUGCCAGUGUUUUUCGAUGUUGUGUUUCAUUUAAUUCUUUAAAAAAUGUUACAAAAUUUUUAAGAUUGAAAAGUAAUUAAUAAAUCAUAUUUUUUAAUAUUACAUAGUAUAUUAAACUAACAUGCACUGUCAUUCUAGAAUUAAUACUAUCAUUACUAAUAAUGUUUUAUUACAUUUACAUGAUUAUUGGUUGAGUACUUCAAAGUAGGACUAAGGAAAUAUUUAAAAAUGAUUAAAAAAAAAAUGAGCAAGCUCAUUUUUUUUGGCAGUUUUUACUACAAUGUUUGACAAAAAUGUAUUGUUUUUUUAAUUAUAUUCUUGCUGAUAUAAUAUAAUAGGUAUAUCUAUAUAAAGACAAUUGGUUAUUCUGGC